AUGCAUUCUGGAAAAGGAUAUAGAAGCGGAAAGAAAGGAACUAGUAGUAAAAGCGGCAAAUCUAAAAAUAUGAAAGAACUUUUCAAUAAGAAACUUCAAACUUGUAUGAAGGUCUAUGACUACAAAGACGAGACAAAGGAUGUCAAAGGCAAGUCUGAGAGGCUCAAUGCUAUAAAUGAGCUGCAGAACUUGCUUCAGGAUCAGAAAAGUGUUCAGCAAUUGAUCAUCCCCAACCUUGAUACGGUAAUGGAGAUGAUAGAGAAGAACUUCUUCAGGCCUCUUCCCAGUAUCAAGAAGUCGAAUCUUGCUUUCUCAGAGACUGGAAUUGAGCAAGAAGAGGAAGUUGAUCCAUCUUGGCCUCACGUCCAAGGAGUUUAUGAAUUCUUCCUGCAGCUUAUAAUUAAUGAAGCUGCUGAUGUCAAAAGCCUCAAAGUCUAUGUUACACCGCAUUUUGUACAGAGUUUUCUAAAUCUUUUUGACACUGAAGAAGGUGUUGAGAGAGACUACUUGAAAAACAUUCUUCAUAAGCUCUAUGCAAAGCUGGUGCCCAGAAGAAAAAUGAUCAGAAAGGCGAUAAAUGAGUGUUUCUUCGCUCUUAUUCAUGAAAAUCACAAAUUUAACGGUGCUGCUGAACUUCUUGACAUUUUGGCAAGUAUUAUUUCUGGUUUUGCAGUACCACUAAGGGAUGAACAUGUUGUAUUCUUCAAGAAUGUUAUCAUUCCCUUACAUAAAGUUCAGACUUGUUCUGAAUUCUUUGAGCAACUGCUCAGGUGCUCAAUGCUGUUCUUGACAAAGGAUAGAAAUUUAGCUAUCCCCUUGCUGGAAGGCCUCCUUAGGUAUUGGCCAUUUGCCAACUGUGUCAAGGAGACACUUUUCCUGACAGAACUGCAAGAAGUACUAGAAGUAUGUGAAGUAGAGAAAGUUGAGCCUAUCGUGCCAAGACUAUUCAAGAGAAUCGUCAAGUGUAUCGGUGGGACUCACCUCCAAGUUGCUGAUAGAGCCAUGUGUUUCUUUGAAAACGAUUAUUUCUUAUCAAUCUUGAGAACGUAUAAAGACCAGACUUUCCCAAUGCUCGUUCCAACAAUAGUGAGUCUUGCUGAGAAUCAUUGGCAUAAGAUCUUACAAGAGAGUUUAAUCGCCCUGAAAACCAUUCUGAAGGAGAUAGAUUCCUUCGCCUUCGACGACGCUUUGAAGGAAGACUCUAAAACUUCCAAGAAGUACAACAUGAAACAAUCUGACGAAGAGAGAAAUACUUUGGAUAAGAAAUGGGAAAAGCUUGAUAGAACUCUAAAGUCAACUCAGGCUGGCUACAAAGCACCUGACGUGCCAUUCUGCUCAUCAAAGCUGAUCAUGGAGUACAACUCCUUGUACAGAAAGGUGUAUGAUAAGGAAAAGUUCAUCAAUCAAUAA